AUGUGGGCCGGGCGGGCGGGCGGCGGGCCGCAGCCGGAGCCCCCCAGGCCCAUGCGGCCCGCGGACGGGAGGCGCGCGGGGGCCGCGGCGGGGGCUGCCGUCGCCCGCGCUCUUCUGCGCCUGCGGCCUGUGCGUGCUGCUGGCCGGCCUGAACGGACGCUCGCGGGCGCCCUGGCCUCCCCCCCGCCGCGGGGCAGCGCGCCGCUCGUCGUGGGGCCCGCGCUGCUGGCGCUGGCGCUGGCGCUCGGCUGCUUCGCCGCCUGCUGCGCCGAGCGCACCGCGCACACCACGGCCGUGCAGCUCAGCCCCGCCGCCUCGGCCGCGUCCUCGCCCUCCAGCCCCGGGCCCGCGCCCCGCACGGCCCCGCGCCCGCAGCGCCGGCUCCAGCUCAAGCCCGGCCGGCAGCGCGUCGCCCCCUAG